AAGUGAAGUAAAAAAUUUUAAUAAAAGAAUAAAGUCUUUGUAAAGUCGUUUAUGUUUCCGCAAUUCGUGGGCGUAAAAUUUAAUUACUGGGCUUAAAAUUAUAAAUAAAAAUAUUAAAAACUUCCUGGGAUGGAAUAAAGAUAUCAGCUGCAGUACUUUGAUAUCACUGUUAUGUUGAAUCAUAUCAAGGUGAUAUUAAAUUUAAUGGGGUGAAAUGUCAAACUUAAAUUUCAAUGGGAAUUUAAAUUGAAUAAACUAUUCAUUCUUAUUUAAGUAUGCAUAAGUAAAUAAAAUCCACAAUUAUCAAAUUGGGGUAUAAGAAGGAGAUGGUCGGUGAAAAAAUGAUCAUAAGUCUUUGAGUAAAAGUAGCCUGAAGAUGCUGAAAUUACUGAUCGUCUUUACUCUCUUUGCCAUUACAACAGCUAUACCGAGAGGUAUAUCAUCUUAUGACCGGCACCGUAAUCACAGCAGUAACAUUGAGGAAAAAAAAAAUCCAACAAUAAAUGAAGUGUCUCAUCAUGUCAGUAUUCAAAUUCACGGCGUCCAUUACUGCAGCGGCGCAAUAAUAAGUUACCGCUGGAUCGUCACCUCAGCUCAGUGCAUUGUCAAUUUCCGCCCAUGUCACCCCUUGAUAACAAUUCGCGCCGGUACUGAAAAUCGUUACAACAACGGCUCUAUUCACGCAGUCGAUAAUUAUAUUGUUCACCCAGAAUUCAAAUGUAACGGUUGUAAAAUUCCAGUAAAUGACAUCGGGCUGAUUAGUAUUAAAGAUACAUUCACUUUUGACAACACGCGUAAGUUUAUUAAGCUGCACAAUAAUAAUCACCACAAUGCAGUCGAAAAUCAGAAAGUGAAUGUCAGCGGAUGGGAUGACAAUUUUGAAAAAAUUGAAUUGUCUGCUCAUUUGAAGAUGAAAAGUUGGUCGACUAUAACAACAGCCCAGUGCAGAAAUUAUUAUUUUUUCAUUGAUGAAGCUAUUAAUAAUAUGAUUUGUGCGGUUAGUGAUGAUGAAAAAAAUCCGUGUGUGGUUGGUGACCUGGGUAACCCCAUGGUUGUAAAUGGACGUCUAGUGGGUGUUAAAUCGUAUAGAAUGGGUUGUCACAGUUUUCCUGGAUCUCCCACCAUCUAUACUUCUAUUAAUAGUUAUAAGAAUUGGAUUAAAAGUAAUACUGGUGUUGAUAUUGACUAAAUUUUUUUUAUUACAAAAAUAAAUAUAUAAUCUAAUUAUUACAAAUUAAUUUUCAUAUGUAUGUGUAUUCAGUGAUGUAUUAAUAAAAUUUU